AACAUCAUGCGCCGUGCAUUUGACAAACUGGGUGCAAACUACAGCUGUCGCAUGGCCUGGUGGAUGAGUGACGCAGACGCCAUUACCUCGGCGGGAGGCGAGCACUACUGCGGGGAUGUCCCUGACUGCCACAUCAUGUAUGACAAAGAUCCAACAGAGGAGAGCGUGGAGAUGGCAAUGGCAAGGGGCAAUGGCGUACGUGGUGUGCACAUCGUGCGUAACCCUUCGGACAUGCUUGCCUCUGCAUACUGCUAUCAUCAUCAAGGACAGAAGCCCUCGCAUCGUAUCAGCUACAACCCGCAAAUCUUGCCUAGGGGCGUGGGGCCCCUUGAGGGCAUGAUGCUACUCUGGCCAAUGAUGUCCGACGUCAUGGGCAACAUGGCCAAGAACUUCGCGAACAAGGGCUUGUACCAUAUCCGGUUCGAAAAGCUCACAGAGUCCUCGGCGAGUUUUGACCAGCAGGUCAACCGCAUGUUCGAGAACCUCUUUGGAGGCCUCAUCUCGCGUAAAGAGCACGAGAAGAUUGCGGAGGCUGCCAAGGCCGAAGAUCUCAACAGACAGGUCAGCGCAGCAGCAGCAGACCACACCAGCUCUGAUGAGUGCAUGGCAGCAGCUCUGCAAGCACAGCCGUCCUUUGAUGCGAGUGUGAAGGCCCACUUGGGCGGCCUCCAGGCUGAGGCGCCAACGCGUGGCUCAGCAUCCCACGGCCUGGGAGUCUGCAAGCCAUGCGCCUUUGUGUACAAGGAUGGAUGCGCCAGCGGCUUCGAGUGCCAGUUCUGCCACAUCUGCCCGCCAGGUGAGAAGAUCCGUCGCAAGAAGGAGCUGAAGCAGCGAAGGAAGCAAAACAAGAAGCAGUAG